UGUUUGCAAAUCACUCUUAGCAUUCAACAGAUUUCAGAAAUGGAGAUUGGGUUAGCAGUUGGUGGUGCAUUUCUCUCUUCAGCUUUGAAUAUUCUCUUUGAUAGGCUUGCUCCUCAUGGUGAUCUGCUCAACAUGUUUUGGAAGCAUAAGGAUCAUGUUCAGCUUUUACACAAGCUGCAGGACAUUUUGCUUGGUCUUCAGAUUGUGCUAAGUGAUGCAGAGAAUAAACAAGCAUCAAAUCGACACGUGAGCCAGUGGCUUCAUAAGUUUCAGAGUGCUGUAGACGGCGCUGAAAACUUGAUAGAAGAAGUCAAUUAUGAAGCUUUGAGGCUUAAGGUGGAAGGCCAGCAUCAAAAUCUUGCAGAAACAAGCAAUAAACAAGUAAGUGACCUUAACCUGUGCUUGACUGAUGAAUUUUUCCUUAACAUAAAGGAGAAGUUGGAAGAAACCAUUGAAACAUUGGAGGUGUUGGAAAAGCAAAUUGGUCGCCUUGGCUUAAAGGAUCAUUUUGGUUCGACUAAACAAGAAAUUAGAACACCUUCAACUUCUUUGGUUGAUGAUUCUGGUAUCUUUGGAAGGCAGUAUGAUAUAGAGAAUUUGGUUGGUCGUUUAUUGUCUAAGAAUACAAAGGGAAAUAAUCUGGCUGUAGUUCCUAUUGUUGGAAUGGGCGGCCUGGGUAAGACAGCACUUGCUAAAGCGGUUUACCAUGAUGAGAGGGUGAAGAACCAUUUUGGUUUGAAAGCUUGGUAUUGUGUUUCUGAGCCAUAUGAUGCUUUGAGAAUAACGAAAGGGUUACUUCAAGAAAUUCACUCAUUUGACUCAAAGGAUGUCCACAACAAUCUUAAUCAGCUUCAAGACAAAUUGAAGGAAAGCUUAAAGGGAAAG